AUGGGGGACACAGCGCCCCCACAGGCCCCCACAGGAGGGCUAGGGGGGGCCCCUGGGGCGGGGCUCCUUGGAGGGGGCUCAGUCACCCCGAGAGUGCACAGUGCUAUCGUGGAGCGCCUCCGGGCUCGGAUCGCCGUCUGCCGCCAGCACCACCUGAGCUGUGAAGGACGCUAUGAACGUGGUAGGGCUGAGAGCUCAGACCGGGAACGAGAGAGCACCUUGCAGCUCCUGAGCCUGGUACAGCAUGGCCAGGGGGCGAGGAAGGCUGGCAAGCACGCCAAGGCCACCACCGCUGCGGCCACCACUACCGCCCCUCCACCGCCCCCUGCUGCCCCUCCUACAGCCUCUCAAGCCGCAGCGACAGCCGCCCCACCGCCCCCACCAGACUAUCACCAUCACCACCAACAGCACCUGCUGAACAGUAGCAGUAAUGGUGGCGGUGGUGGGAUCGACGGGGAGCCGCAAUCACAAGCUUCAACCCCUGGGGACCAGAGGAACUCAGCCCUGAUUGCGCUCCAGGGUUCCUUGAAAAGAAAACAGGUGGUUAACCUGUCUCCUGUCAACAGCAAGAGGCCCAAUGGCUUUGUUGACAACUCAUUCCUUGAUAUAAAGAGAAUCCGUGUGGGGGAGAACCUCUCUGCAGGACAAGGGGGCCUGCAAGUAAAUAAUGGACAAAAUCAGAUUAUGUCAGGGAGCUUGCCCAUGAGCCAAGCACCCCUGCGGAAGACUAACACUCUGCCACCCCAUACACAUCCUCCUGGAAAUGGUAUCUUUAACAUGGGCUUAAAGGAAGUGAAGAAGGAACCAGGAGAGACUCUAUCUUGCAGUAAGCACAUGGAUGGCCAGAUGACCCAGGAGAGCAUGUUUUCCAAUAGGUACGGAGAGGACCCUGUAGAGCAGCUGAUGGACCCAGAGCUGCAGGAACUGUUCAACGAACUGACCAACAUAUCUGUGCCUCCCAUGAGUGACCUGGAGCUGGAGAACAUGAUCAAUGCCACCAUCAAGCAGGAUGACCCAUUUAACAUUGACUUGGGUCAGCAAAGCCAGAGGAGCACUCCCAGGCCCUCCUUGCCCAUAGAGAAGACAGUGAUCAAGAGUGAAUACUCCCCGGGCCUAACCCAGGGCCCCUCGGGCUCCCCUCAGCUGAGGCCCCCAUCAGCUGGCCCUGCAUUCUCCAUGGCCAACUCGGCACUCUCCGCUUCUUCCCCGGUCCCUUCUGUCCCUCAGAGCCAGGCUCAGCCUCAGACAGCCUCGGGAGCAAGCCGGGCCCUGCCGAGCUGGCAGGAAGUAUCCCAUGCCCAGCAGCUCAAGCAGAUCGCGGCCAAUCGUCAGCAGCAUGCCCGGAUGCAGCAGCACCAGCCUACCACCUGGUCGGCCUUGCCCUCCUCCGCUGGGCCAUCGCCAGGUCCGUUUGGGCAGGAGAAAAUCCCCAGCCCUUCUUUCGGUCAGCAGCCAUUCAGCCCGCAGAGUUCCACGAUGCCUGGGGUGGCGGGCGGCGGCAGCCAGUCGAAGGUGAUGGCUAACUACAUGUACAAGGCCAGCCCGUCGGCCCAGGGAGGGCACCUGGACGUGCUCAUGCAGCAGAAGCCCCAGGAUCUCAGUCGGAGUUUCAUGAACGCCCCGCACACAGCCAUGGAGCCCCGGCAUGGCAACACUAAGCCUUUGUUCCAUUUUAACUCAGAUCAAGCAAGCCCGCAGAUGCCUUCUGUUUUGCCUUCCCAGGCUAAGCCUUCUCUCCUGCACUACACCGCGCAGCCGCCGCAGCCGCCCCCGCAGCCGCCCCAGCAGCCCCCGCAGCCGCCCCCGCAACCCCCGCAGCCGCAGAGCUCCAUUUCAGCUCAGCAGCCCCCGCCGCCACCGCCGCCGCAGUCUCAGCCUGCCCAGCCCCUGUCCAGUCAGCCUUUGCUAAGGUCCCCCUUGCCGCUGCAGCAAAAGAUCCUGCUUCAGAAAAUGCAGAACCAGCCCAUCACAGGCCUGGGGUAUCAAGUCUCCCAACAGCACCGACAGGAUCAACACUCUGUGGUAGGCCAGAACACAGGCCCCAGUCCAAGUCCCAACUCCUGCUCAAAUCCAAACACCGGAAGUGGGUACGUGAACUCCCAGCCAUCACUGUUGAAUCAGCAAUUGAUGGGAAAGAAACAGACUCUACAGAGGCAGAUCAUGGAGCAGAAACAGCAGCUUCUCCUCCAGCAGCAGAUGCUGGUUGAUGCGGAGAAGAUUGCUCCGCAGGAUCAGAUAAAUAGACAUUUGACAAGGCCACCGCCAGAUUACAAAGACCAAAGAAGAAACACGGGCAAUAUACAGCCAACUGCUGCUCAGUAUUCUGGUGGCUCAUCAGCUGUGAGUUUAAACUCUAACCAGGCUUUGGCAAACCCAGUUUCAACACAUACCAUUUUGACUUCGAAUUCCAGCCUCAUGUCUACUUCGCAUGGGACGAGAAUGCCAUCGUUACCCACAGCAGUUCAGAAUAUGGGGAUGUAUGGAAAUCUGCCUUGCAGUCAACCUGGCACAUACAGCGUCACUUCAGGAGUGAAUCAGCUGACCCAGCAGAGAAACCCAAACCAACUGAUAGCAAAUCAAACCACCCCUCUGAUGCCACGGCCACCUACCUUAGGGGCAAGUAAUAAUAAUAAUAACGUGGCCACUUUUGGAGCUGGACCUGUUAGCAGUUCGCAGCAGGUAAGACCAAAUUUAACCCACAGCAUGGCAAGCAUGCCAGCGCAGAGAACGUCGAAUGUAAUGAUCACAUCCAGCACAACAGCACCAAACUGGGCCUCUCAAGAAGCAACAGCCAAACAACAGGAAGCCCUGAAGUCCACAGCGGUCCGCUUCCCCACAGGUGCACCUGCAGCCUAUACUCCAAACCAGUCCCUACAACAGGCAGUGGGCAGCCAGCAGUUUUCUCAGAGGCCAGUGGCUCCUCCUAACCAGCUCACACCAGCAGUGCAGAUGAGACCCAUGAACCAAAUGAGCCAAACAUUAAAUGGACAGACCAUGGGUCCACUCAGAAGUCUGAACCUCAGACCCAGUCAGCUCAGCACACAAAUUUUGCCUAAUUUGAACCAGUCAGGAACAGGGUUGAGUCAGUCGAGGACAGGCCUGAGCCAGCCGCCAUCCCUCACCCCGGGCAGUUUCCCUUCACCCAACCAAAGUUCCAGGGCUUUUCAAGGAACUGACCAUGGCAGUGACUUAGCUUUUGACUUUCUCAACCAACAGACCGAUAACAUGGGCCCUGCCCUGAACAGCGAUGCUGAUUUCAUUGAUUCUUUAUUGAAGACAGAGCCUGGUAAUGACGACUGGAUGAAAGACAUCAAUCUUGAUGAGAUCUUGGGGAACAACUCUUAAAGGAGAAGAGGGAGACAAUUAAUAAACUCCACGCACUAAAAGGCAGUAUUUCACAAGGACUCUGUAAAGGCCAAACUCUUGACUUUUAGUUGGACUACGUGAAGAUACCUUGGCUUACACGUGGAAGCAGAAAGUUAACUGCAGUGCUUGGUUCAAAUGUUUGUUUUAAGUCUCAAACCUGAAAGUAAAAUCUUGGGAUCACCUUUCCCUAUCUAAACUCCAGGACACAGUAUCCAGUUUUCCCAAACAGAACUGUGAUGUUGAUGUGUAAUUAGUUGUGUAAAAUAGGCUUCCCAAGCUCCUUUCCUCCCUGAAAGAAAAGUAAUAGAGCUUGUCGCUUGCUAAAUCCCAUGUCAUAUGGAGGUUCUAGUUCCCAGCAACAAAUUCCUUCAUUUGCUCUAAUAGAUAAUAAGUGUGGUUUAAUCUUCACACUCCUGUCUUUUCAUUUAGUUUUCCUAAAACGUCCAG